ACUCACUGAAUAAAGUAUGAUUUCACUCGCCAGCAGAUGUGCAAAGCUCCUUAGAAUCUCUGUUCCUACAGCACCCAACUCUUCUCUAGGUGUGCAACGUACCUCCAAGUUGUGGUGUUCGACUGGUUCGGUUGGUAGCGAUAAUGACGAAGGGAAAGGCGAUGAAAUGGAAGAAGAGAUUGAUGAUUUUCUUGGCAAUAAGUCUGACAAGCGUGAGCCAAUGCUUCAAGGUGUCAAUCCUGCAAGUGGUUGGAAUUACCGUGGUGUACACAGGGCAAUUAUUUGUGGAAAAGUUGGGCAAGCCCCUAUACAGAAGAUAUUGAGGAAUGGACGAACAGUGACUAUGUUUACAGUUGGGACAGGUGGCAUGUAUGAUCAGAAAAUCAUAAGGGACCAAAACACACCACAACCUGCCCAAUGGCAUCGAAUUGCUGUGUAUAAUGAUACACUUGGGGCUUAUGCGGUUCAACAAAUCACUAAAAACUUUUCAGUCUAUGUUGAGGGUGACAUUGAAACUAGAGUUUACAAUGACAGCAUAAAUGGUGAAGUUAAAUACAUACCAGAAAUAUGUAUCCGUCGUGAUGGAAGAAUUCGCCUUAUAAAGACUGGUGAAGGUGUUAGCAAUAUAUCAUUCGAUGACCUGCGAGAGGGAUUACUGUAGUUUGAUGUCUAAGGGCA